AUGUUUUCCUCAAUAUCUGCUGCCUUCCAGGCCCCGUCGCCUGCGGAAGGCGUACAGCAGCGACCACCACGGUAUGCCGGCGAAGAUACCACACCAACAAGCCGCCGAGAAAUCCUUGGUUGGUAUUCAUAUGGAAUCGCGGCCGAAGUGUUCGCGGUCUGUGGCGUAGGUUCUUUCCUGCCCCUCACCUUGGAACAGUUAGCCCGAGAGCGCGGCACCCUACAGACCAGUCGCCUUCCCUGCGUUGGACCUUCCGCAGGAAACAGCACAAGCAAUGCAGAUGGGCAAUGCGUGGUUCCGGUCUUCGGCCUCGAAAUCAACACAGCCAGCUUCGCCAUGUACACAUUUUCGCUGGCAGUACUUAUCCAGGCACUGACACUCAUAUCGUUCAGUGCACUGGCGGAUUACGAGAACAACCGUAAGACAUUGCUUAUGGUGUUUGGAUUCGCCGGUGCGCUCGCCAGCAUGUUGUUUGUGUUCAUUGCACCGCCUGUGUUUAUUCUCGGUGCCAUAUUGGUAGUCGUCGGGGUGACAUGUCUCGGAUCUUCCUUUGUCAUUCUCAACUCUUAUCUACCUGUUCUUGUCGCCAACGACCCAUCUCUCCAGGAUCCAAAGGCGAACGAUGGGGCAGAAAUGUCGACCUUCAAUAUGGACGACGAUAACUCGGACUGGAAUGCUUGGGAUAACGAUGAUAAUGACACGGACAGUUUGGAUGGACUUCAGCCGUCAGGGCAACCGCAAACUUCCCCAGAAGAUGGAAAGGGUUUCAACAUCCCGUCGUCGUCCACGCCCGAGCUGCAGCUCUCCACCAAAAUCUCGUCGAGAGGCAUCGGUCUCGGAUAUUGUGCAGCAGUCUUUGUACAAAUCAUCAGCAUCAUCAUGCUCAUCACCCUAUCCAAGACCUCCCUCGCCAAAUUCUCCGGCACUCUUCCUAUGCGCUUCGUGCUACUCCUGGUUGGCAUCUGGUGGGCGGCAUUCACACUUGUUACUCGUAAUUUGCUGAAGACUCGGCCGGGGCCUCCUCUAGACACAGGCUCUACUAGAGGAAUUGCACGUUGGCGAGCUUGGUUGCAGCUGGUCGGAUUCGCCUGGAAAUCGCUGUGGGGGACAGUCAAGGUAGUCAGAAAGCUGCGCGAAGUACUGAUCUUCCUGGUAGCCUGGUUCCUGAUAUCAGACGCAAUGGCUACAGUCUCUGCCACUGCGAUUCUUUUCGCCCGUACAGAACUCAAACUCAGUACACCACUCGUCGGACUGCUUUCAAUUACUGCCACGUUGUCCGGGAUGAUGGGCGCGUUCCUAUGGCCACACGUGUCUCGCUACUUUCGCCUACAGUCCAACCACACCAUCAUGGUCUGCAUGUUCCUGUUUGAGAUGAUUCCGUUGUACGGUUUGCUUGCCUACAUCCCCUUCAUCAAAAAUUGGGGUGUCAUCGGUUUACAACGACCGUGGGAAAUCUUCCCGCUAGCCAUCGUUCACGGAGUAGUGUCAGGAGGUCUUGCAUCAUACUGCCGAUCUUUCUUCGGACUCAUGAUUCCUCCCGGCAGUGAGGCCGCCUUCUACGCUCUCUAUGCUGCUACAGACAAGGGGAGCUCAUUUAUUGGGCCAGCUAUUGUGGGCCUACUGGUCGAUGCGACCGGGCAAGUCCGGAGUGGCUUCUUCUUCAUCGCGAUUUUGAUUCUUCUACCGAUUCCACUCGUGUGGAUGGUUAAUGCAGACAAGGGUCGUCGGGAAGCGUUGGCUAUAGCUGACACCCUGGGCAAGUCCCACGCUGGCCCCGCUGAGUAUUACCAAGAGGCCCAGGGGCUUCUGACUCGCGAUUCAUAG